AUGUGGGACUCAAGUUCAUGUAUUUCAAUCAAAUUCCAACAAGCAGACAUAUACUGGGAAGAAGGAAGGAAAUUUGCACUUUCAAGCUUGGCACCUCUUGAUUCUGUCCCAAGCAUAAGAGCAAUUCAAGCAGGAUACACAGGCCCUUCCAAGAAAGAAGUUGCAGCACUUGUGGAACUACACAACAGAGUACUUGCCAAAGUCCUCCUAAAGCUGAAAAAAGAGCUCCCAGGACUCAAAUACUCAAACCUUAAUUUCUACACUUACCUAAAAGAAAGAAUUUAUCAUCCAUCAAAUUAUGGUUUCAAGGAAGGAAAGACGGCGUGCUGUGGCUCUGGUGCAUACCGAGGACUUUGA